AAGUACCUAACACGCGUGCUGUAGACGAGAAACGUUCAGUCGAGACAGAGCUCAUCCACGGGUUAGUUGAUUUUUUCUCAUCCAACAAACAAAAUGGCCGAUUUACCAAAACGUGAUAUUGAAAAUGUCGAAUUCGUUUUCGAAAUCAUGGGCUCUCCCGGCGUGGGCAUUGAUGCCGUCGAUCUAGGUGAUGCCCUCCGUGCUCUCAACUUGAACCCAACCUUGGCGUUGAUCGAGAAAUUGGGCGGCACCAAGAAGCGCAAUGAGAAGAAAAUCACCUUCGAAGAAUUCCUCCCCAUCUACUCACAAGUUAAGAAGGAGAAGGACCAAGGUUGCUACGAAGAUUUCAUUGAAUGUUUGAAAUUGUACGACAAAGCCGAGGACGGCACUAUGCUCUUGGCUGAAUUGCAACACGCCCUCCUGUCACUUGGUGAGCAAUUGGAUGAUGAACAAGUUGAGACACUGUUCGCCGACUGCAUGGACCCCGAAGAUGAUGAAGGCAUGAUUCCAUACUCCCAGUUCAUCCAAAGAAUGAUGAGCGAUCCAGUUGUCUUCGACUAAACGCAUUUCUUGCCAGAAUGUGUGAUAGACCAGAUCAGCUAUAAAAAUACCAACAACCAGUUAUAGCAACAACCAUUCUCCAUAGAUGUUUUAUUCAUCUCUCUCUCUCUUAUAUAUUUAUUUUAAAUUAAAUUUUUAAUUUCUCUGCUUAUAAAUACACUUAAUUGUACUGCGAACGUGGUGCAAUUACUUUUGAAGAAGGCAUAUAUUAAAACAAAGCAAACAAAACUCAAAACAAAUGAUGAAGAA